AUGGCGUCCACCGAAAUCACCGCGAGCACCACGGAUGCCGCCCGUCCCAGCUCGAGCAAAGACCAGCACUAUGACAACGGCGCGACCACCACCACCACGGCCGACGACAUCAAGCCGGCGCUGGUCGAGACGACGACACCGGUCGCAGGUAGCAAUGGUGCCGAGGAGCACGAAGGCGAGAAGCCGCGCCGGCGACGCUGGCUGAACAUCCAGACGACCUACUUCAAGACGCGGUACUUCUGGUACGCGCUGGUGCUGGGCCAGAUCCUGGCCCUCUGCAUCACCUCGACCAACACCUUCUCGACGCUGCUCUCGAUGAAGGGCACCUCGAUCCCGGCCUUCCAGACCUUCUUCAACUACGUCCUGCUCAACAUCGUCUACACGCCCUACACCGUGUACAAGUACGGCUGGCGCGGCUACUUCUCCAUGGUCCUGAAAGACGGCUGGCGCUACUUCAUCCUCGCCUUCCUCGACGUCGAAGGCAACUACUUCGUCGUGCUGGGCUACCGCUACGCCACCAUCCUGUCUCUGCAGCUCAUCAACUUCUUCGCCAUCGUCGUCGUCGUCGCCCUCUCGCUCAUCUUCCUGGGCGUGCGCUACCACAUCACCCAGUACCUCGGCAUCCUCAUCUGCGUCGGCGGCAUGGGCAUCCUCCUGGCCUCCGACACCAUCACCGGCUCCAACAACACGGGGCCCGCAGCCGAUCAGCUCAAGGGCGACCUCUUCGCCCUCCUCGGCGCCGCCCUCUACGGCGUCUGCAACACCUUCGAGGAGUUCCUCGUCUCCAAGCGGCCCGUCUACGAGGUCCUCGGCCAGCUCGGCUUCUGGGCCAUGUUCGUCAACGGCGUCCAGGCCGCCAUCUUCGACCGCCCCAGCUUCCGCUCCGCCACCUGGGACUCGGCCGUCGGCGGUUACAUGACCGGCUACACCCUCAUCCUCUUCCUCUUCUACAGCCUCGCCCCGCUGCUGUUCCGCCUCGCCAGCGCCGCCUUCUUCAACAUCUCCCUGCUGACCGGUAACUUCUGGGGUGUCAUCAUCGGCAUCCAGGUCUUCCACUACACCGUUCACUGGAUGUAUCCAAUUGCUUUUGUGCUGAUCAUCUUGGGUCUGUUCGUCUACUUCCUUUCUGAGAGCGUCCUUGGAGAAGCUAAGAAGCCCUGGCUGGGCGAGAGUCAAGAAGAAGGUGUUGCUGGCGUCGGCACGGCUAAGAGGAUGCAAGAAAACCCAGACGCCAUUGUCUGA